UGCCAGAUUCAGAUUUUGCCAGUCUACCGGAAUUCGUCGUCAGAUUAGUGAGUUUAGUUUUUUAUUCGUAAUCAGUCGUGAAUCGGCAGUCGGGAGUUUUCUUCAUUCGUUCUUGUUGGAUUUUCUUCUUUCCCCUUAAAUUUUUUUUUAAAGUUCUCAAUUCUUUCAAAACAGAAAUUUUGCGCGAAUGAAAUUUGUACAUAAACUUUGCAACAAAGCGUUUCGAAUCUAUUAAGCUACACGGAAAGCUUUGUGCGUGUUUUCGUUUGUGUGAAAGGAAAAUUGAAAUUGAAAGAAUCCAAAGUGAAUCCUAAAGAAAAGUGAGUAUUCAACACGUCAAACAGUGUGCACGAAUGAAGGAAGAAAUCGCUCGUUGACAAGUAGUAGUUAAAGCCUUGUAACAACAGUAAACAAAACAAAGUCAACUACAGAUCAAAUAGCAUAAAUACACAAUACAUAGUAACUGCAAAUAUAACAAUAACAACAAAAAACAAACAAACAACAAUAAAAGCACGAAACUUACAAAUCGAGCAACAUCAAUCGUCAAUCAGUAAAUAAACCAAGUUAACAACCACGACGACGACUCACACCGAUUCGAAAUCUAAACAUUUCCGUUAGAACUGAAACAAAAAUAAUAACAAUCCACAAAGUUAAAAACGCGUUAGAAAACAAAAUAAAAAGCAAAAUAGGCGAAUUAAAAAGAAAUAUAAAGUUUUUGUAAUAAAAAAAAAAAUAAGCCAACAUAGUAGUAGUCGCAGCAGAAGCAACAAAGCAACUGUAGAAGAGCAGUAAACUAAGAGCAACCAAAACACCAAAAACAAAAAUGUCAUUUCGCGUUGUACGAAGUUCGAAAUUUCGUCACGUCUACGGUCAGGCACUGAAACGUGAGCAAUGCUACGACAAUAUACGCGUCUCGAAAAGCAGUUGGGACUCCACAUUCUGUGCGGUGAAUCCGAAAUUCUUGGCGAUCAUUGUGGAGUCCGCUGGCGGUGGAGCAUUCAUUGUACUGCCACACAAUAAGGUUGGUCGCAUAGCUGCCGAUCAUCCAUUGGUGGGCGGCCAUAAAGGACCCGUACUCGAUAUUGCCUGGUGUCCGCACAACGACAAUGUCAUCGCCUCCGGUUCUGAGGAUUGUGUGGUUAAGGUUUGGCAAAUACCCGAUGGCGGUCUGUCACGCACACUCACCGAACCGGUUGUCGAUUUGGUGUUCCAUCAACGUCGUGUUGGUCUUGUGCUAUGGCAUCCAUCCGCAUUGAAUGUGCUGUUGACGGCCGGUUCUGACAAUCAGGUUGUCAUUUGGAACGUGGGUACCGGUGAAAUACUCGUUCACAUCGACUCGCAUCCGGAUGUUGUAUAUAGUGCCUGCUUUAAUUGGGAUGGUUCGAAAUUGGUGACCACAUGUAAGGAUAAAAAGAUACGUAUCUAUGAUCCACGUAGCGGUGAAAUCGAAAGCGAAGCACUCUGUCACGAGGGUUCGAAGGCAACGCGUGCCAUCUUCCUGCGUCAUGGUCUCAUCUUCACAACCGGUUUCAAUCGUUCAUCGGAACGUCAGUAUUCGCUGCGCGCACCCGAUGCUCUCAAUGAACCCAUCGUUAUGGUGGAGUUGGACACAUCAAACGGUGUGAUGUUCCCACUUUACGAUGCGGACACGAAUUUGAUUUACCUAUGCGGUAAAGGUGAUUCGGUUAUACGUUACUUUGAGAUAACACCAGAGCCACCGUUCGUGCACUACAUCAACACAUUUCAAACGCCAGAUCCCCAACGUGGUAUUGGCUUGAUGCCAAAGCGUGGCUGCGAUGUCACAACCUGCGAAAUAGCUAAAUUCUACCGGCUAAACAAUAAUGGCUUGUGCCAGGUGAUCUCGAUGACAGUGCCGCGUAAAUCGGAUCUAUUCCAAGAGGAUUUGUAUCCGGAUACCUUAGCCGAGGAUGCGGCACAAACUGCCGAGGAAUGGAUCGCUGGCAAUGAUGCCGAACCAUUGACAUUUUCGCUAAAAGAUCGUGUCUCUAUUGUACAGGGUGGCUAUGUCUCACAAUCGGCCAGCAAGUCGCUGUCGGUGUCCAAGAAGGCGAACAUACUCAACAAGGCGUCAGCGGGCACAUCGAAGAGUGCGACCAGCGCUGUAAUUGGUGGCAAUCAUGCGACAUCGAAUAACAACAAUGCAUCGAGCGGGUCUGGUUUUGUGAGCGGUGUCAGUGAAAAGGAUCUGCGCGACUUCACCGAUGAAAUACGCAAAUUGAAGGCGAUCAUUGUGAAGCAUGAGAAUCGCAUACGCGCGCUGGAGGCGGCUGUGCGUGCACAAGAAGGCGACGAUACCGAUUCGCGUCCAGCGGCGGCGGCGGCGUCAGUCACUGCCGGCAAUGGCAAUUCGUCGUCCAAAGCGGCCACGGAUGGCAGCGGAGCGCAAAAGGAGAGCAACGAUAAUAGCAGUGCCAAUGAGCAGAGUCAUCCGACUGCCGCGAACGACGAUGAAUAUUAAUUAAAUUUAUAUAUAUAUAUAUUAUUUUUAAUUAAACUUGCUCCGCGACGCUUUAUCGAUUCAAAAUACGUUUCGUUUUGUAUUAAUAUUAAUUAUUAUUUUUAUCGAUUUUUAAUUUAUUUUAAAAUAAUAUAUAUAGCUUUUCCACCUUUUUAAUUUUAUGAAAAUCAGAAAGAUACAUUUUCAUUAUUACAUUUUAAAAUAAAAUUAAAAAAAUAUAUAUAUAUUGUUUGUAAAUUGUCAACACACAUACACACACACACACACAUACGUGCGCCCUAACAAAAAUCAGUAUAAAUGUGCUUUAGUUAGACCAUAAAAAUAAUCGCAAAUAAUUGUUAAAAUAAAACAAAAAAAGAAAGGGAAACUUGUUAGAAAAUCGUUCUAAGUUGUCUGUAACUAAAACAACUGCAAAUAAAGCGAAAAACGAAAACUUGUAAAUUACCAUUGUAAAAGUGUGUAGUUAUAACUCGAUGCGUAUUUUUUUCUAUUUAUACAUAAUACAAUACAAGAAGCUCUUUAUUCAGCGCUGUUGGUAAAAACUGUGAGCUUUAAGUAAACGACUAAUCACAUUGUUUAAGUGCGCACACUUUCAGUCAGCAUAGCGCUGUGCCCAAAUUAAGCUAUACUAUAAUGCUGUCGAAUGAUUGUAUUUGUUUAAAUCGUAAAGUCAUUUCGUGUAGUUAGUACAUUUUACUUUUAAAAUUAAUUAAAAUUAAUUGCAUUAAUAAUCAAAACAGAAGCAACUAAUCAUAUAUAGCAGAACAAAUGAAGGAUGAUUAAUUCAUUGUGAAAAAAAUAACUUUCAGGCCACUUGGAACUUACCAUGGUUCAGACUGAUUACAAAUGGCGCACUUAAAUACAAUUUACACAUGCAUACGUAUAAAUAUUAACCACAAUUUGUACAUUUAUCCUAAAUAUAUAUAGUGAUCGUUUUUUAUUAGUUGUUUACACUUGAAUGUGUGUUUUUCUCCCGCCGUUGCUGCCUUUUUAGCUCACAAAUAUGCGCGUUGAAAAAUAACUUUAUAAAAUGAAAUAAUUAAUAUCUUGCUUCCGUUGCAUAAAAGAACACGCUGCAUGCUUCUUGACAAAGCGCAUGCGCAAAAGAAAUUUAAAAAUUUUGAAAUUCGACAUAAAUAAUAAAACUUAGACAAGAAUGUAAACAUUUAACUGGAAUUAAGCGAAUAAUUGAACUGAAAAUACUUAAAAUGCAUAAUUUCUUUGCAAUUUAGUAAAAAUAAUAUCGUAUAUUACACUUUUUUUUUAAUAAAAAUUAGUAAUAUUGUUGCGAGGUCUUCAAUUACAAGCAAUCUCAAAGAAUUUAUUACUAAUUUAUAAACAAAUCGCAUUGUUAAUAUUUUUGCAGUUUUUAUUGUUCAAUUAUUUGCUUUUAUUCAUUUACAAAAAUCCUAUAUAGUUUGAGAAUAACAAAUGAUAUGAGAAUAAUACAACUAAAUAAAUUGAAAGGAGUACUACUAACCGAAAGGAAUUCAAAAUACUACAAUUUGUGACUUAAACAAUGGUGGACAGCAAUAGCAGAGACUUGAAUACAAUAAUAAUUUAUAUAAUACAAAAAUACGGUUAAAUCAGUUCAGACAUGCAGUACAUACUGAUAACGUGAAUAUUUUCAUGUUUCUGCUAACUGUCAAAAUGCUGCGCGAGUCGUCCUCUUUAAAAUUAGCUUACUUAUACAAAAUUUAAGCCAAAUUAAUAAUGUAUUUUUAAUAAUAUAUACAUAUACUUACAUAAUUACAAACAAAAUAUACAUACAUACAUACAUAUAUACAUAUGUAAAGCAUAAAGCAAACUACUAGUAUGUGACAAGCAUAACUACUAAUAAACAUAACAUAAUAUAUUUAUAUAGAAAUUUUUUGAUAACUGAAAAACUUAAACAAGUCGUUGUAAAUUUUAUACUAAGCGGGUAAAAAAAAAAAUAAAAUCAUAAAGUGUACGAAAAAACGUCUGCUGGCGAAGAAGCAAAUAAACGUGAAGGUAAACUUAACAUUUCAUUGGCGAGCAUGUUGCAAGCGCAAAAAUAAAGCUUUGAUACUAAAACAAAACAACAAUGCUUGUGAAAAACAUGACAAGGUCCAGUCAACCAACUAAACUCUGUAAACAUACGUAUGUACGUAAAUUAAGCAAACUACUAGCUCUUCUUUAAGUUAUAUUUUAUGUUGCCGCAAAACUUGUGUAC